AUGAAAAAAAAAAAAAAAAAAAAAAAAAAACCCAACAACAACAACAACAACAACAACAACAACAACAACAACAACAACAACAACAACAACAACAACAACAACAACAACAACAACAACAACAACAACAACAACAACAACAACAACAACAACAACAACGACAACAUUAUCGCUAAACGGAACGCCGACUGUCACCGUCAACCCGUCACUUACCAGCCCGACGACCUCGUCCUACUCGACACCCAGAACCUCCGCCUGCCCGUCACCCCAGAUCUUCGCCCUCCAUAUUCUGAGCCCAUUUCGCAUCAGCCACAUGAUCAAUCCCAUCACCACCCAUCUCCUCCUCCUCCCUGUUGA